AUGAACAUCGCCAACAGCCCCCAGGAAAAAUUCACCAAAAUGAGGAGAGAACGCCAAGACUGGACGGCCCAGUACCCUGCUUACUUUCGACAGACUCGAGACGACAAGGAAUUCAUCAUGUUCAGGCCGCACCAGGGCUCGGCGGCACUCGUGCAGCUGGUGCACAGCGACGUCAACGUGAGGUCUCGCUGCAUGACGGUGCACAGCGUGAGCUACAUCCCGGGGGCGCCCCUCAAGCCCAACCAGGUGAUCGCCAACGAGUACCAGCAGUACUCGACCCUGCGCAUCAACACGCUCGAAUGCAUCCAUUAUGCCGUCGUCAGGGAGCACGCGAGUCGGCCGAUCGUCCUCGACGUCGUCGCGCAGAGCGGAGUCGACAAGGGCCCCAUCAUCUUCAGCAACGGCGACAAGGGCUGGGCCCAGCUCGAGACCACGCCGUUGGUCAUCAUUGCCAAGGCGAGCACCCCGUGCGAAGCCACCAUGAUCAAGGUGGAGGCGGGGAUAGACCCUCCCGAGAUCUUGAGGAAACCCGCUGACCCGGUCUUGGACGUACCGGCUGCUUCGGGGGAGGAGGGAGCCAGUGCUUCAGCGUCGGGGAAACCCGCUAAUUCAGCCUCGGGUGGAAACACUGCUUCAGCUUCAGGGGGAACCACUGCUUCGGCUGCUUUGGCCCCGGAAGGAAACACAGCUUCAGCCUCGGGGAAACCCACUACUCCAGCCUCAGGGGAAACCACUGCUCCGGCUUCGGGGAGAACCACCACUUCGGCCCCGGGUGGAACCACUGCUCCGGCUGCUUUGGCCUCGGGGGGAACCGCAGCUCCAGCCUCGGGGAAACCCACUGCUUCAGCCGCCGGUGGAACCACGGCUUCGGCCUCGGGGCAACCCACUACUUCAGCCUCAGCGGAAACCACGGCUUCGGCCCCGGGCACCAGCAAUGAAACCAACCUGACCAUCUGGUUCAACGCAGCCAAGGUAGAGUGGAUUCGGAACUGA